UUAAAUCUGGCGAUUUGGCGCCAAUUUAUUUGCAAGUUUGUUCGUUGUUUGAGCCCCCACAAAUCCGAAAACAACACGUUUGUUGCCGUUUUGAAACGACUGAACUACUUUCAAGGUCAGAGUACAACCCCACACAACAAUGUCGCAGAGAUCGGACGAUGGCCCCCAACCCACCCCCCAGUCUAACAUUUCGUCGCCCCCGCAAGACUUGGAACCGUUCGAAGAUGAAGGGGCUCUUUUCGGAGACGACGAUGACGCCCCCAUUGAGGAGGAAGGAGAAGGGGAGGAGUUGUUCGGUGAUAACAUGGAAAAUGACUACCGCCCCAUGCCCCACCUCGACCGCUACGAAACCGGCAACAUCGACGACGAUGACUACGAAGCGAUGUCCGUCGGCGAGCGGAUGGCCGCCGAAGAAGAACUCAGACGCAGAGAUCGAGAACGUGGAAUUAUUCGACGUGACGACCGCGAGUUGUUCUACGAAGAAAGCGACGACGAAGAGGAUCCUCGCCGGAAGAGGAGAAUGGCGGAGAAGGCAGCCGCCGGCGAAACCGACGAAGCCGAAAUGAUCGAAUCGAUCGAGAACCUCGAAGACACCAAAGGACACACGGUCAAGGAGUGGGUUUGCAUGAUUGGACCCCGGACUGAGAUUGCCAACAGGUUUAAGAAUUUCUUGAGAACGUACAUUAAUAGUCGGGGGCAGUACGUCUACCAGGAGAAAAUUAGGAAGAUGUGCGAGAGCAACAAAUCAAGUUUCACUGUUGAGUUUCCCUAUUUGGCGAACAAGGAGCACGUUUUGGCGUAUUUUCUCCCGGAGGCGCCGUUCCAGAUGUUGGAGAUUUUUGACGAGGUGGCCAAGGAAAUCGUGCUGUCGAAAUACCCGAGUUACGAACGCGUCACCAACGAGAUUCACGUACGAAUUUCCGACUUGCCUUUGAUUGAAGAACUGAGAACUUUCAGAAAGCUUCACGUCAACCAGCUGGUGCGCACGGUGGGCGUCGUGACCGCCACCACCGGCGUCCUCCCCCAGCUCUCCGUCGUGAAAUUCGACUGCAACAAGUGCGGCUUUGUCCUGGGGCCUUUCGUCCAGUCGCAGCACAGCGAAGUGAAACCAGGGGCUUGUCCCGAGUGUCAGAGCACCGGGCCUUUCAUGAUCAACAUGGAACAAACCAUCUACCGGAACUACCAAAAAAUCACCCUUCAAGAGUCACCGGGUCACAUCCCGGCAGGCCGCGUCCCCCGUUCCAAAGACUGCAUCCUCCUCGCCGACUUGUGUGACUUGUGCAAACCUGGAGACGAAGUCGACGUCACUGGAAUCUACUCCAACAACUACGACGGCUCGCUUAAUAUCGACAACGGGUUCCCGGUGUUCUCGACGGUGAUCUUCGCCAACCACAUGGUGGUGAAGGAUAGUAAGCAGAUUGUGCAGUCGUUGACGGAUGACGACAUCAACGCCAUCAUCAAGAUGAGUAAAGACCACAGGAUUUCGGAGAGGAUCAUCGCGUCGAUAGCGCCUUCGAUUUUCGGUCAUGAUUACAUUAAGCGAGCGCUAGCGCUCGCUCUGUUUGGGGGCGAAGCUAAAAAUCCAGGUCAGAAGCACAAGGUUCGUGGAGACAUCAACGUGCUGAUUUGUGGUGACCCCGGAACGGCUAAGAGCCAGUUUCUUAAGUUCGUGGAGAAGAUCGCACCGAGGGCGGUUUUCGCUACGGGUCAAGGGGCCAGCGCUGUGGGGUUGACGGCGUACGUGAGGCGGAACCCAGCUAAUAGAGAGUGGACGCUGGAGGCGGGGGCUCUGGUUUUGGCGGACCAAGGGGUGUGCUUGAUCGACGAGUUCGACAAGAUGAACGACCAAGACCGUACGUCCAUCCACGAAGCCAUGGAGCAACAAUCCAUCUCCAUCUCCAAAGCUGGAAUCGUGACGAGCUUGCAGGCGCGCUGCUCAGUAAUAGCUGCGGCCAAUCCCAUCGGAGGCCGCUACGACGCCAGCAUGACCUUCGCCGAGAACGUCAACCUGUCGGACCCCAUCUUGUCCCGGUUCGACGUCAUGUGCGUAGUCAGGGACGAAAUCGACCCCAUCCAGGACCAGCAUUUGGCGCGAUUCGUGGUGAACUCCCACAUCCGCCACCACCCGGCGAACAAAGCCGACACAUCUCAAGUCCUGGAGGAGCCGGACGAUUUGUCCAUCCCUCAAGAGAUGCUACGCAAGUAUCUAGUGUACGCCCGAGAAAACGUCCACCCGAAACUCCAAAACAUGGAUCAAGACAAAAUCGCCAAUAUUUACAGCCAACUGCGACAGGAGUCUCUGGCCACCGGGAGUCUACCAAUCACGGUUCGCCACAUCGAGAGCAUCAUCCGCAUGGCGGAAGCGCACGCUCGGAUGCACCUGCGUGAGUACGUCCAAACCGAUGACGUCAACAUGGCCAUUAGGAUGAUGUUGGAGAGUUUCGUGGAGACGCAGAAAUACAGCGUGAUGAAGACGAUGCGACAAGUGUUCCAGAAGUACUUGCUGUUCAAAAAGGACAACAGCGAGUUGUUGUUUUAUAUUUUGCGACAGUUAUCGCAAGACCAGUUGGCGUUUUUGCGGGGAACGGACGAAUCGCACUCUUUAGUCAUCGAAAUCGACGAGAAGGACCUGAAGGAUAAGGCGAAGCAGUUGGACAUCUACGACCUGAAGCCCUUCUACAUGAGUAGGAUAUUUGAAAAUAACAACUUCGUGUAUGACGCGGCGAGGAAGGUGAUCGUGCACACGAUUCCGGAGGCCAUCGCGGCGGAGGAUUAGGAUCUGUUUUAUAUUUGUACCUGUUUGUUUUAUUGAUUUAUUUUUAAUAAACGGUGAAGUCACGACGGGGUAUUACAGUCGCCCCCAAGUGUCCAAAAUUAUCCAGACAGAACUUCAAAACAAGUUCGGUUCAAUUAUAAAUUAUAAAAUUUACAAUCUUUCAAAAACCACAAAGCCAUACGAAUGUUUAAAAUGUGAGCGCAGCGAGCACAUUCAGGUGUUAUUGAAAAUAAAAUGAACUUCCAAAAUGUUAACAGAGGUUUUUGGGACUCCUAAACGUAUUUUAUUGCAAUUAUUAAAUAAUUUAUCAUCAUGGACGUAUCUGGAAUAAUUUCUUAAAAUAAAACCGAAAUAAAUU